AGCUGUUUAUGUUUCUCGGCGCGCACAGAUACAGAUACUCGUUCAGGCAACUUAAAAUACUCGGUUUAGCUUUUGUUGUUGGCCAAACGAAAGCGAAAAGUGAAUAACAAACUCACAUCCAGCACAAGUACAAUAGGCAUUAGCAUUGCAAAAAAAGAAAAUGUUCGUAAAGUGCGGGCACAGUGAUGUGAUUUAAUGAGAAAAGUGCUGCGCCGCAGCAGCUGGUCAUAGGUGUGUGUCCGGAAAAGUAUAUUUUAUUCGUCGCCUGGUCGCAGAAAGACAAAGUUACAGUUAUUUUACCGUCUUGAUCUGUUCGGAAUGAAUAUGUAACACUUUCGAAAUGCCGCAGAAUGUGGAGGAACCGUGGCGCCUACUCGUGAGCUAACCAAAUCAUUACGCUGCAUUUGGCCUUUGAGGGCUGAAAAAUCGAUUGACCGUAGUAACUGGCGACCACAACACAAGAGCAAAUCAAAUAAUGAUGAUUGUGUUAGAGUCCCCUGAAGCAGCUCGGAGCUCAGCUGACUUUGCCGGAACAUUAACCAGAGAUGUCAAAGUGAAUACGCUCUCUCAGUAAACACUAGCUAGUACUCCAGGCGGAGCGAAACGAGACCGAGAGACGCAGAUAUGUCGAAAACGAGGGGUCGCAUUCUGAUUCCACUUCCUAAUACCGGAGCGAUGGGGCGCAAGCGCAACAAUUUCUACAUGCGGAGCCUCUUCCUACUGGCGCUCUGCAUCUUCGGUCUGCUACAAUACCACAAUUUUAACUACUUGGACUCGCGGGACAAUGUACUGGGUGAUACGGUCACCAACGACUCCGACGACGCCAUACUGGCCAUGGUUCCCGCCACACUUCACAAGUAUCUCACACCGCACUCCCGCAAUCACACUAUUUCGGGAGCCGGAUCAGCCCUGCUCCUUAAUGCGAGCAGCCCCGGAGGCGUGACUGCCACCACACUAAGCUUUGACGUCUACCACCCUCCGAAUAUUACGGAGAUCAAGCGUCAGAUCGUGAGGUACAACGAUAUGCAGCUCGUGCUCAACGAGGACACAUUUGGGCCCCUGCAAAACGAUUCUGUGAUAAUUGUAGUCCAGGUUCACACGAGGAUAACCUACCUGCGCCAUCUAAUCGUUAGCCUGGCGCAAGCGCAGGACAUCUCAAAGGUAUUACUGGUGUUCUCCCACGACUACUAUGAUGACGAUAUCAAUGAUCUAGUGCAGCAGAUAGACUUUUGCAAGGUCCUGCAGAUCUUUUAUCCAUACUCUAUUCAAACGCACCCAAACGAGUACCCCGGAGUGGAUCCCAACGAUUGUCCGCGGAACAUCAAGAAGGAGCAGGCUUUAAUCAGCAAUUGCAACAAUGCUAUGUACCCUGAUCUCUACGGACACUAUCGGGAGGCCAAGUUCACGCAGACGAAACACCACUGGAUCUGGAAAGCGAACCGUGUGUUUAAUGAGCUGGAGGUGACCCGUUUUCACACAGGCCUGGUCCUAUUUUUGGAGGAGGAUCAUUACGUGGCCGAAGACUUCUUAUACUUACUGGCCAUGAUGCAGCAACGAACUAAAGACUUGUGCCCGCAAUGCAACGUUCUGUCCCUGGGUACCUAUCUGAAGACCUUCAAUUACUACACCUACCACAGCAAGACUAAAAAAAAAUCCUAUGCUUCCUCGCUGAUCUCGACAAGCAGUCUAUUAGGAUACAAUAGGAAUAACAAUAAUAGAAACUCGGUGCAGUUAGCCGGGUCGUCCACCUAUUCUUCCUCAUCAUCUGCAGCGCAGUCAUCAUCUACGUCAUCUCUCAAAUCUGCCAAAGUCUAUGUAGGCGACACCACUGACAACCAGAAAGCCAGUGAUUUAAAGAGAGAUAAUACCAGUAUCAAACGGGGAAACCUCAUCAACACUGUCACCGCCACCGCCGCCACAUCCGACACCAACAAUGAGCAAAGUAGCAAAGAUAGCAGCAACAAAAAUGGUGCACAAACAUGGAACUAUCAUGUCCUGCCGUCAUUGUAUUCCGUCUAUCAGAAGGUGGAGGUAAUGCCCUGGGUCAGUAGCAAACACAAUAUGGGAUUUGCCUUCAAUCGCACCACCUGGACAAAUAUCCGAAAGUGUGCCCGCCACUUUUGCACCUACGACGAUUACAACUGGGACUGGUCGCUGCAGCACGUUUCUCAGCAGUGUCUCCAUCGCAAACUCCAUGCUAUGAUCGUCAAGGGGCCCAGAGUUUUUCACAUUGGAGAAUGUGGGGUCCAUCAUAAAAACAAGAACUGCGAGUCUAACCAGGUAAUUUCGAAGGUGCAACAUGUCCUGCGCAUUGCCCGGAACUCACAUCAGCUCUUCCCCCGCUCCCUGACCCUGACGGUGCCCAGUCUGAUGAAGAAGUCGAAGCUUCGCAAGGGUAACGGUGGGUGGGGCGACCUCCGGGAUCACGAGCUGUGCCUGAACAUGACGCUAUCGAAUAGGUAAAGGAACCGUGAACGAAAAUAUGAUCGUACCAGUCAAAAGCCAAGAAACGUAGCUUUUAAUGUUGUCUAAGUAACAAUACGAAGCAGUAGCCUUAAACACUAUAAACGAACAAGAAUUCAGCAAAUACUCUGUAUCAGCUAACUACCCGAAAUUAAGCAGAGCCAGAAAAAAGCCCAAAGAUACUCGCCUUGGGCGCAGCACAACUCCUAUAACUACGAUUAAGUAAAAUAAUAAUCUAGUCACGACCUUACGCCAUUAUUAAAAGCGCAUUGUUGCAAUCUCCUCUUUAUGUCGUGGACAACCACUUUAUAUUGUUUAGCCUCCGUCCAGACUUCAAGACCGGAAGAAUUCGAUUUCCAUACGACGGCAAAGCAAUCCUUAUAACAAAAGAACCAGAAACAAAUAAGGAAUAUAUCUACUCUAUCCCCAAAUUGUGCCGAAACCGUUUAGUAAAUGGUCAUGAUGUAGUUCGAGUUAGUUAAGCCAGCAAGUCGCAUAAACUAGUCAUAGCAAGGUAUUGUGCACUCAAAUAAAUAAAUAUAUUAGUUUACCCUUUUGAUA